UAACAAGCGAUAUGAUCAAGCCGUAAGAUUAAUGGAAGAACCACAGCCUACGUGGACGGACCACUCUAUUUUAAAAAUAUAUGGGAGAUAUGACAAUUAUGCAAGAAGCAAGAAAAAAGCUAAAAAAAGCUGAAGAAUUAUCAGAACUAGAAUCUUGUCCUGAACAAGAAGAAUUUUUGAAAAAAUCUAGAAAACUUAGAACUGCUAAAAUAAUCAAUAGUUCCAGCAGUAACGAUAAAAAUGAAGAGACAGAAAUGGCAAUAUCUGUGGACCUUCCAAAAGUUCCAAAUAUUUUAAAUCCUCCGUUUAAGAGUUGCAAUACUGAUUUAUUAAAAACGAAAUCAUCUCAAGCACAAAAAGAUUUCAAAUAUGUUAGAAGUAAAGAAAAAAGGACCACGACAGACACACAAAUUGGCCCCAUUGCAUAUCAACAAAAAAAAGAUAUGCAAAACACUAAAGAUUUCUUUAAUGAAUUACUCCAAAAUAAUAACAUUUAUGAGACUGUUGUGCCUGGAAAUUGUGAAAAUUUACAAUCCACUGAAAAUAUUAUCGCCGAACUUCUCAUCGAUGCGAAUAAUGAGAGCGUUACAGUUCCAAUAACCGAAACACCAAUAAAAGAAAACACGAAUCGAACUUUGAUGCUUGAACAAGAUGCACCACGCGCCUUAGAGCAUGACCCCGAAAUGAGACAGAAGGGCGACCCUUCACAAAUAUUCAAUGAAAAUUAUAAUUUCAUACAAGAUUCUAAAGAAUUUCAAAGAUUCGUUAUUCGAAAACUUUUAAAAAUUGAAAUUAAAACGAAUUGCAUUGAGAGAUGCAUAAAACUUAUUGCUAACACGCCAAACAAUAUGGCACAACCAGAACAGAAUGUUAUGGAUGUAUUUGAAGAUCUUCCAUUAAAGACUAAAAAUGAUCUUGAUAUAAUGGAAGACAGAUUGGGCAGAAAUGCUAUUUAUCGCAGUGAAAUGGUUAAACAAUUAACUCGUUUAACUUGCAAAGAUUUGAGAUCUUCAUGCUUGAGUGUUAUCAAACAAACAUUAUCAAAUGAAGUGGCAAAUCAUUAUAGCUGGUACGGUGCUAAAAAGAAAGAAAAUUUUUCCAAAUUGCAUCUAUGUAAAGUAAUUAUGUCUGUAAUUCGAAAAUCGUAUCCCAAUGCAACAGAUGCAGAAAUUUCUGCUCCAUUGAAGGUAUGGUUUGCCCACGCAAAGGAACGCCUAACAAGAGAAACAGAAAAUAACGAUUAAAUAUCACAUCUAUAUUUUUUUUUUGUAAAAAUCCUGAAGCAAAGUGGAAAUCGCCGAUUAAUUUUUUUUUUUAUUUUAUGAUGCUGAAACAAAAAGGAAUAAUAUUUUUGUUUGAUUUCAUUUGAUUCUCUCUUAUUAUCUGAAAGGAUUAUCUCUUUAAUUAUCUGAAGGAUUUUAGAGCAUGCAAUUUACAUAUUGUAACCCUGACAGCACAGCAUAUCCAAAAGACGUCCAGAGGAUAUCUCGAAGACGUUUUUAGGACGACAGGACGUCCUCUGGGCAUCCUUUGGAUGUAUUUUGGACAUGUGUGCUGUCUGGGAAAGUAAUCUCCUUAGAAA